GCAUGUGUGGAGAGGCCUAAAGACGCAGCGGGGAUUCGGGCUUUGCUGGCGUUUUGGUAAUAGUCAUUUUCCCGUGGCUGGCAGCGUGCCGUCGUCACUCUUCUCUGGAGUGAGCGCCGCGCAGCUGCAACAUGCCUCACAGGAAGAAGAAGCCUUUUAUAGAGAAGAAGAAAGCUGUAUCUUUUCACCUGGUCCACCGGAGCCAGCGAGAUCCUUUAGCCGCGGAUGAGACUGCACCCCAGAGGGUUCUAUUGCCCACACAGAAAAUAAAUGACGAAGAACGGCGAGCAGAACAGAGGAAGUACGGUGUGUUCUUUGAUGAUGGCUAUGACUAUCUGCAGCACCUGAAGGAACCAUCUGGGCCCUCAGAGCUGGUUCUCACAAGUGCCUUCAGUGCACCCAACAGAAGAGACGAAAAAGGAGGAAGUUUAGAAAUUUCAACCACGGGAAUUCAGUUGCCUUCAUCAGUAUUUGCAUCAGAGUUUGAGGAAGAUGUUGGAUUGUUGAAUAAAGCCGCUCCUGUUUCAGGACCUCGACUGGAUUUUGAUCCGGACAUUGUUGCGGCUCUUGAUGAUGAUUUUGACUUUGAUAAUCCAGACAAUCUGCUUGAAGAUGAUUUUAUUCUUCAGGCCAAUAAGCCAACAGAGGAAGAUGGAAUGGAUAUACAUUACGUGUUGUUUCUUUCAAAUUGGAAAUCUGAGGCUGAAGAUGACAGUGAGUGGGAAGAUGUGGAUGAUGAGAAGGAAAGAGGUAGAGAUGACGAUAAAUAUGGCUCUGCGGACUCAUCAGAUGAGGCCAUGUCUGUCCCUGGAAAACCUCCUGGGGCUGUAGAAAAUCAUUUGUUCUGGGAAGAGGAAACUAAAAGUCGCUUUACUGAGUAUUCUAUAACAUCCUCAGUCAUGAGAAGAAAUGAACAGCUGACUCUUCAUGAUGAGAGAUUUGAGAAGUUUUAUGAGCAGUAUGACGAUGAUGAAAUUGGAGCUCUGGAUAAUGCUGAAUUGGAAGGUUCCAUUCAAGUAGACAGCAAUCGCUUAGAGGAAGUCUUGAAUGACUACUAUAAAGAGAAGGCAGAGAAUUGUGUAAAACUGAAUGCUCUGGAACCCUUUGAGGAUCAGGACCUGCUAAUGAAUGAACUGGAUGGGUCUGAGGAGGAAGAGAUUGUUACUGUAGUUCUUGAAGAAGCUAAAGAGAAGUGGGAUUGUGAAUCUAUUUGUAGUACAUACUCCAAUUUAUAUAACCAUCCGCAAAUUAUCAAGUAUCAACCAAAGCCCAAACAAGUCCAAAUAUCUUCUAAAACAGGAAUACCUCUCAAUGUCUUACCUAAGAAAGGACUCACAGCAAAGCAAGUUGAAAGAAUGCAGAUGAUUAAUGGCAGUGAUCUGCCAAAGGUGUCAACCCAACCUCGAUCUAAAAACGAAAGCAAAGAAGAUAAAAGAACGAGAAAGCAAGCUAUAAAAGAGGAACGCAAGGAACGGAGAGUGGAGAAGAAAGCUAACAAAUUAGCCUUCAAACUGGAGAAAAGAAGGCAGGAAAAGGAGUUGUUGAACUUGAAGAAUAAUGUUGAGGGUCUCAAGCUAUGACAGUAGAACAUUUAGGAAAAGGUGCCUUCCCCAUUGGGGUUCUUUGUUAUGUUCAGUAACGUACAAGGAUCUUCAGAGAGACAAAACUAUGUAAUCUGCCAUUUUUACUAGCAAGUAUUUAUACUACCAAGUUUUCUGUGCCAUCUGUCUUGUAAAUAUUGUAACAUUUAAAAAAUAUUAUAAACGUAGAAUAUGCUCUGAAAUAAAUGAUGUCACAAAUGUGAAAUGUUUGGAUGAGUUGAAGGAAAACAUCUUCAUAAUGUAAAUGGAAUUGGUGUAUUCUUCAUUUAUUUGUAUGAUUGUCCCAGCUGUCUUUUGCAGAUGUUCUCAAAUAUUUCUUUGAAACCUCUCCACUCCUUUUCAGGAGUUAAGUGGUUUAAUUUGCUGUAUG